CCGUGACACGUAAAUUGGCUCUCUGCGGGAGAAGGCGGACGAGGCGAAAGAUUGGACCCCUCUACACUUCGCCAUUUCCAAAUCCCUGCAACAGUACACCACCGCACCCGACACCGCUCCAAGACAUGCUCGUUUUCUGGCUUAUCAUGGCAGUCCUCUGGACGAGCCUCUUUGACUUGCUGCCAAGCGGCUUCUACGACAAGUUCCCUAUCGACACGGCCGACGCGACAGAAGAAACAGCAUUCGCGGAACAGCAUCGCCUUGCAUGCGACCGCCGGGCGGCGACGGCCAACGUAUUUUACUACUUUGUGCCGCUCCUCGCGUGCGCUCUCGUCUUCGAGUACAUCCGUCUCCACACAGUGCUGCACUCGAUGCUUCUUUUGCUCACAUUUUUGCUCGCGCUCAUGUUUCUCCAGCACGUUAUCAAGGGUCGCAUCCUUGAGCACAAACAGCACCAGUGGACACUCUGGGGCCUCGAGGCGACCGCCUCCAUCAUCCAGAGCCGCGUAGACGCUAAGGUCCAGGACACCCCACUGCUGUCCCCUAUCAAAGACGCAGUACGCACUAUCCAAGCCACCUCUUCGGCUGCGGCAAGCCCGACGAGUUGCGACGACGCUAACAAGUCAACUAGCGGUGCUCCAACGACGUACGGAGCUAUCGAGAUCACGAUUGCCGCUUAAAAUCUUGAUAAACUACGAGCUUCACACAAACUCGCACUUUUUCCGCCGCU